UCCCCCAACUACCGCGGGAUCGACCGAAGCUGCCUACGCCCAGAAGUCGCACCACAGUCUGCGGUCUGCGGUUACGUCUUGGUUUGCCUUUCUGUCCUGCCCUCCUGUCUUGGACUGCGUACGGUACGUAGAUGGACAGGUAGGUAUGGCUGUUCCUUUAUGGGGGCAAUGGGGCAAUGGGUGAUGGUGAUGAGGUCGUUGGCCACUUUCGAGCCUGUCAUCGCCUUGCCACUGCAUAUCAUGGCUAUGAUCAAUGAGUGA